UUCUGCAAAUUACGAGCUCGAGGGGAGUAGCCAUGGAGGCGCGCGGCGACCUGUGCUCGAUGCUGCCCUACCUCCCCGUCGUGCUCCGCGGCGGCGCGCUCUUCUGGCCGCCGCAGGCGCAGGAGGCGCUCAAGGCGCUCGCGCUCGGGCCCGACGUCAGCCGCGUCUCCUCCGGCGACGUCCUCGCCGACGCCCUCACCGACCUCCGCCUCGCGCUCAGCCUCGACCCGCUCCCGCGCCGCGCCGCCGAAGGGCUCGCGCUCUUCUUCGACGACCUCCUCUCGCGGGCGCAGGCGCGGGACUGGUUCGACCACGUCCUCCCCUCCCUCGCCCGCCUCCUCCUCCGCCUCCCCGCGCUGUUCGAGGACCACUACCGCAGUGCCGGCGACCAGGCUCGCGGGCUCCGCAUCCUGGGGUCGCAGGAUGCCGGUCUCGUGCUCCUCAGCCAGGAGCUCGCCGCCGCGCUGCUCGCCUGCGCGCUCUUCUGCCUGUUCCCCACGGCCGAUAGGACCGAGGCGCGCCUCCCGGUGAUCAAUUUCGAUAGCCUGUUCGCGGCUCUGUGUUAUAAUUCGAGGCAAAACCAGGAGCAGAAAGUGAGGUGCAUUGUUCACUAUUUCGACAGGGUCACUGCUUCUACACCUACUGGUUCUGUAUCAUUUGAGCGCAAGGUUCUUCCUCGCCGUCCUUUAUCCGAUGGCAUUGCAUACCCUGACAUGGAUGCUUGGACGAAAUCUGGUGUUCCCCUCUGCACAUUCCGGGUAUUUUCCUCUGGUUUUAUAGAAGAUGAGGAACAAGAGGCCCUUGAAGUUGAUUUUGCAAAUAGAUAUUUGGGAGGAGGUGCACUUUCCAGAGGCUGUGUGCAGGAAGAAAUCCGGUUCAUGAUAAACCCAGAACUGAUCGUGGGUAUGCUCUUCAUGGCUUCAAUGGAAGAUAAUGAGGCUAUAGAAAUUGUUGGUUCAGAAAGGUUCUCACAGUAUAUGGGGUAUGGUUCCUCAUUCCGUUUUACUGGUGACUAUUUAGAUAACAAACCCAUUGAUACAAUGGGUAGACGGAAAACUAGGAUAGUGGCAAUUGAUGCUUUGGACUGUCCCACAAAGUUACAGUUUGAAUCUAGUGGUCUUCUAAGGGAAGUGAACAAGGCUUUUUGUGGGUUUUUGGAUCAAUCAAACCAUCAGUUCUAUGUGAGGCUUUUCCAGGAUUUAGUUACAAAGGAUAACUGCCCAAGUGUCUUUCCUGAUGAGUGCAUAGGAGUUUCAACUGGAAACUGGGGUUGUGGGGCUUUUGGUGGGGACCCUGAAAUCAAGAGCAUGAUUCAAUGGAUUGCUGCAUCACAGGCCCGCCGAUCUUUUGUUAACUACUACACUUUUGAGUCAGAAUCUCUGAAAAGAUUAGAAGAGGUGACCCAGUGGAUAUUGCGUCAUAAGUGGACAGUUGGUGAGCUGUGGCACAUGCUUGUGGAGUAUUCAUCCCAGAGGCUAAGAGGAGAAACUAGUGAGGGUUUUCUUGGUUGGCUACUUCCCAAGGACAUCCCCAACGGUGAUGUAGAUUACAUGUGCGAAUAGACCCUUCUUUUCUCCCUAGUAACAAUGUGCAUUGUUUGUUGGAAACUGACUGAAACUUGUUUCGUUUGUUGUGACAUCAGCUUACUGCACUUGUUUGGCAAUCCUUACGGCUUCUGAAUUCUUAUGGCAGUUUGCUCAUUCCCUCUAUGCAUACCUGUCUA